CGGUUCCUCUUUCCCCUCAGGCAUCAACUCCCGCUAACAAACUUGGGUUCCUCUACCAACCUCUCACCACAUCGCACUACGUUGAUUAUGCGCUUUUAUCUCCUUCUUAGGAAACAAUAUGGCUACUCCACCCGCUUCCGAUCUCAGCGACUUGCAGACGAGGGCGUAUGAUGCUCUGAACAAUUACUUCAAAGAGCGUGAGGACGAAGUUCUAGAGAUUGAGGUUCUUCCACCCGCCAUCCAGCCCCCCGAUGGCAUCUUGAUGCAGGACGGGCUAAACCUCGGAGUUCCGAAGAAGAUUCUCGCUUUAGCCUUUGUCGAGGCUCGCCAGCGGUUCUUUGCCAACAUCAAAAUUGACGGCCCAUCAUCAAUGACAUGCCACGAGGCCUCGAGGAUCAUACUUCUUUUCGACCCGGAGCAUCUCACAGCCGCGAACUUUCGGAAACCGCGAGAGAGCGUCUUCCUGAACUCUAUUCUUACUUCUCCACUCCACCGUCAAUCAAAGUCACCCACGCUUUGGAGUCACCGAGCUUGGCUGCUCAACCGUCGUCUGACUAUCAGGUCGGAGGAUCACGCUGAACUCUCCACUUUUCUGAAAGAUGAGUUUGAUGCGGUCUCCAAAGCCGGAGAGCGACAUCCCAAGAACUACUAUGCUUGGCAAUAUGCUCGAAAAUUGAUCGCAAAGCUCGAGGGCCUCCCAGUGGACGACAUACAAAAGCAUAUGAACACUUCGUGGUCAGAUUUUCUUCGUACGCGCACUAUGCUCCAGAGAGAUUGGUGUUACAGGCAUCCGAGCGACAUUUCCGGAUGGUCGUUUCUCUCGUUCCUCCUUCCUCGCGUCGAUGCUGUCGCCGACCGGGCGCUUGUGGUUCAAGGGGUUGUAGAAUUCGCAGGGAAAUUUCGCCUACAUAACGAGUCGCUCUGGGUCUUCCUUCGGACGGUGCUUUCGGAUGGCACGUUGCAUGACCAACGCAACGCCAGCCUUCAGAUUUUAUACCAGCUUGCGAAAGAGAUUCGGAGUAGUAAGGAGAGAUCUGCGUUCAGUGAUCGGGUCUUGAACACUAUAGAGUGGAUUGAUACGCGUGGAGUUCCCGAUCUCUGUGCGAGACCUGCUGGGAUACCCCCGGGGACCUAAUCCAUUAUCAAACUGAAUCAUGAACUGCUCAACCCGCCGUCACCGCCUUCCUGGAUUCCGACACCAACCUAACCAGUACCAAACCCGUUUUACCACUAAUAGCGGCACCCAUAAGACGCAAUGCAAGAUGUACCGAAUGACGCUUCGCCUACCCGCCUCUUUCUUGUCCGGUGGAGCUUUAGGCGGUGGCUCAAUGUCUCGCGUGCCGUCAUCCUUGGAUACGCCAAAAUCCGAC